GAGAGAGAGAGGGCUAUAUUGGAUACUUGUACGCCAGGAAUGCUGUGAAAACGAAGGAUCUCUGUGCACGACUUCCAGCCGUGAACUCCCAGUUUGCGUGCCGACGGUUCAUAUCCCUAAAGACAUUCGGCCGGCUUUUGUUUGAACAUGUUUUUAUCGAACCGAUCUUGACUUUAAAGUUGUACCUAUGUUGUCAGUGGCACCGCAGGUAGUUGGGAAGACGAUCCCGGAAGAACUCGUACUACAGGUUGCCAGUUUGUUUUCAAAGCCUGCUGCUGGCAUUUUACUAUAGGACGAACGAAUCCACCUAACGCAAUUCAUGUCAUCGGAAAAUUUUCUGAAUUAGUAGCCUGGUUUUUCAGUAUUUCCCCCUAAAUCCUGAAUUAGUAAACGGAAGGAAAAUGAAGGAAUUACGGAAAAAGAAAGUGUACGUUGUGAUAGACGUGCUGUGCGUGGUUGUUGCGGCCUUGCCCUUCAUCGUCAUGACGAUCCGGUUCCAGCCGUAUCACAGGGGGGUUUAUUGUGACGACGAGAGCAUCAUGUAUCCCAUAAAGCCUGACACCAUCACCCACGGCCUACUGGCGGCCGUCACCAUUUCCUGCACGGUUAUCAUUGUAUCGUCUGGAGAGGCCUACCUCGUCUACAGCAAGCGGAUCUACUCAAACUCUAACUUUAACCAGUACGUCGUGGCACUCUACAAAGUACUGGGCACCUUCCUGUUUGGAGCGGCUGUCAGCCAAUCACUGACUGACUUGGCAAAGUUCACCAUCGGACGGCCGAGGCCCAACUUCCUGUCUGUGUGCGCCCCAAAGCACUGCGUUGGUUACACGAGGAAUAUCAACUGUACCGGGGCACCGCAAGAUGUCACAGAGUCCAGAUUGUCUUUCUAUUCUGGCCACUCCUCCUUUGGGAUGUACUGCAUGCUUUUCCUAGCGUUGUACGUGCAGGCCCGUCUGAUGGUGAAGUGGGCGCGGCUCCUGCGGCCCACCAUCCAGUUCUUCCUGGUGGCGUUCGCCGUCUACGUGGGCUACACGCGCGUCUCGGACUACAAGCACCACUGGAGCGACGUGCUGGUGGGCCUGCUGCAGGGAGCUCUCGUCGCCGUGCUCAACGUUCGCUUCGUGUCGGACUUCUUCAAGAAGCGCCCCCCGCGCUGCGCGGCCGACCCCGACGCCCCGGAGAGCGAGGAGCCCGAGAGGAAGCCCAGCCUGCAGCUGGUGGACGGCGAGAGCAACAACCAUUACAACCACCACCUCCAACACACCCCCGGCUCGGUGUGAGCCCGGCCCCAGGGCCCCGCGGGGUCCCUCCGCAGACCCCUGGCUGUGGUCGGGCGGCCCCCCCGACACCACACCAGAGACAGAGAGAGCGAGCGAGAGAGAGAGUAUGGAAUCCAGUUGAUGGACUUUAUUCCCUCUAUUGUUUGCGGGUGUGUUUGUGUGUGUGUGUUAGUGUGUGUGUGUGUGUUUUAGUAGGUGUUGACCAAAGGCCUCUGCGUGUGCUCAGACACCCUGGGUUUUACAAGGUGUUCCCCGCCUCAAGGUUCAAUAAGAAUGCAGCGGCCGAUGUAACGUACCUUCUUUUUAUAUAUUUUUUAUGAAUGACGCCAUCGGCCAAGCAUGUGGAUUGACAGGCUGCAACGACGCCCCCCACCCCCCGCCCGCCCCUGUAACCCUAACCCCCCCCCAAGCUCUCUAACCACUGGACCGACUGAGGGGUACCUUAAGCCCCCUCUAAAAGCACCAUGAUGACGCCCCUUCUCCUCUAAGGAGAUUGGAGUAUAAUGUUUAUUACAGGCAUCAUGUUAAUGAUGAAGUAUAUAUAUCUAUAUCUAUAUCUAUAUAUAUAUAUAUAUAUAUAUAUAUAUAUAUAUAUAUAUACUGUAUAUAUAAUUGCUUUACGUUUGACUUUUUAAACUAUGUUUUUUUAUAGAAAACUUCAUAUGUCUGCAGAGUGAAGGAAAAUAAUAGUUUUGGAAGUUUUGGUAGGUUUUUGUUGUGUCGCAUUUUAGCGCACCUUAAGAUGGUCUUACACACUCGGAGAAUGGGAUAACUUUAGUUUUAUUUUCAGCAUGUUUGAUAGGUAUGCACUCUUGACAACAGCCGAUGAUACACAGAAUCCAUCGAUUGAUGAUGUCAUUCAUUGUUUGAUAAUGUGUUACCAAAGAUUUUAGAAUAACGCUUCCAAAAGCAUUAUAAAGUGACUGUUCUCAUAUGAGAACCUGCCCGUUCUUGAUUUAAAAACUUUUCAUACUUUUUUAUACAUACUUAUAAUUCCAUAUUGUCUUCGUAAAACUGGCUUUGCCCUUAACGGGAAGCAGUCCUUUUCCUUUUACCAAGGCUUUUAUUGAAUUGUAAUUCACCUGUGUGAAGUGGACUGCGGAUGAGGUAGAUAUAGAUGUUUAACAGUAAAAAAUACCACUACAAGAUUGCGAACAAUCACUGGCAUGAAAGCAUUUGGAUAUUUGACCUUUUUCUAAUAUCACAUUUUAUUGUUGGAAUUUCUGUGUUUCAUCUGACCGUAAAGGUUAGGGAACUGAACAGGCAUUUAAGAGGAAAAUGAAAAUGGUAUAUAUAAUUAAUUAAAACUCAAAUAAAUACUUAAUCUAGUCUGAUGAAGAAAUCUUAAAAAUGUCUUUAUGCCAGCGCUGUUCAAGGUCAUUGUGCAGCCCCUCUGCUUGCCACUAUGAGCCACAGACACUCAAUCCAUCACCCUGAGAUAUGUUCACAUUGAAUGAAGGAUGCUUGUACACACACACACACACACACACACACACACACACACACACACACACACACACACACACACACACACACACACGAGAGUAUGUUUUUGUUUCACUCGUUGCCUAGCUUUCAUUUCCCGCACACGGGGAACGCACCGAUGCCCUCAAUAAAUCAAGAAGGCGUCUCAAACUGGUGCCUUUCUGGGGUUGCCACACAAAGGUAUCCAAUUCCCGGGGCCAAACGUGAUCCAGAUGCCUUGGCAGGGCUUUUGAGAGGCUUGUAAUGAGGAAGGCCUCCACAGCAAACCGUGGGCUGGCAGCCAAACACCCGCCCUCCCCCGCCCCUAACUUCCACUUCAAAGAUUCUUCCUGGGUUCUCUCUUUCUCUUCCCUUUCCCGGCGCUGAUAGAUGGGGUUAAUUUGGCGAUUAAGGGGGCCGGCCCCGCAUCCAGUCCUUGUAUGGUACAGCAAGGGCCCCGCUAUGUAUCAGACCGGACCGAAAACCAACGGUUAGGGAUAGGUGGAGAGGCGUGUGGAGCUUGGAUUAGGAGGGAAGGGAAAUGUGGUGGAGAGGGGGUACCCAGAAGUUAAAUCUCCCACCUUGUAGUGAUUGUGCGGCCCCCUGAAAGACAUUGUUUGCCCCCCCCCCCCCCAACUUAUUGAGUCACCAUCCCCUAGGUAACUCUGCAGGACUUCAGCCCUGGCAAUGAGGCGCACCUGGUGCUGUUUUUCUGAAUGGCGUUGUGUGGGGCACCUCAACACCCACCCCCCCCACCCACCCCCUGGCCCUCACUUUGCAUUCUUAAAUCCGCGCCAAUAGCCCGAGAUUAAAGCGAAGACCAGCACAAUGGUUUCCCUCUUGAGGAGUACAAAAGAAAAAUUCCCCUGGACAUUAUUUGAGGUAAUGUGGCUCCAUGUAUUUAAAAUGUAUAUUUCCCUGCUUUGUAUAUUAGUGCCUUAGGAUAGGCAUUGGCUUACCAUUUUAUUUUUUUCACUUUGUAUAAAAUAGUGUUUUAUUUUUUUGUGUGUUUUUACCUUUUUGUAUGUCUUUCUAUAAAUGGCUGAUAAGAAAUACAUUUAAAUAAAGACAGACUGUACAGUCAAAUCUCUAUUUCUUGAG